CUUCCCAGUCAGGCGAUGGAUACGGUGGCCUGCAACGGCGGCGGUUUUGCCGCCGGAGUUUUAUACUGGUUUGUAUGGGUCAUGGGCUCCGCGGAGGUGAAGGGAAAGCGAGCGGUAGAUCUCAAGAUGGGAUCGAUCACCAGAGACAAAGUCCAUGACAAAUACAAACAAUACUGGUCCUUCUUCCGCAGGCCCAAAGACACCGUCGAGUCAUCAGAAAACGUGCCGGCCUUCGUCGACACGUUCUACAACCUUGUCACCGACAUCUACGAAUGGGGUUGGGGCCAAUCCUUCCAUUUUUCCCCUUCUGUCCCAAACCGCUCCCAUCGCGAUGCUACACGAAUCCAUGAGGAGCGCGUCGUUGAUCUCAUCAACGCACGCCCCGAGCAUCGCAUCCUAGACGUCGGUUGCGGUGUCGGCGGUCCGAUGCGGGCCAUCGCAACUCGAUCGGGAUCCACCGUCGUGGGCAUCACCAUCAACGAGUACCAGGUUAACCGCGCCCGAUCACACAACCGUAAGGCUGGUCUCGACGGUGUCUGUGAAGUCCUUUGCGGGAAUUUCCUCCAGAUGCCGUUCGAGGAUUGUAGUUUCGACGGGGCGUACUCAAUCGAGGCUACAUGUCACGCACCACGCCUGGAAGACGUCUACGCGGAGAUCUACCGCGUGUUGAAGCCUGGGGGGCUUUAUGUUUCUUACGAAUGGGUCACGACAGGGCUUUUUAGAAACGAUGACCCGAAGCAUGUGGAGACAAUUCAGGGGAUCGAGCGAGGGAACGCACUUCCGGGUUUGCGUGCUCAGGAUCAGGUUGCUGCUUUGGCGCGGAAGGUGGGGUUUGAUGUGGUGGAGGAGAGGGAUUUAGCACUGCCGCCGGCGGGACCGUGGUGGACUCGGCUUAAGAUGGGGAGGCUAGCUUAUUGGAGGAAUCAUGUGCUAGUUUCAGUCCUGUCUGUCCUUCGCCUUGCUCCUAAAGGCGUGGUUGAGGUUCACGAGAUGUUGUACGAGACGGCGAGGCAUCUCACUGCUGGAGGCGAGACUGGAAUCUUUACACCUAUGCACAUGAUCCUCUGCCGCAAGCCAGUUGACAAGGCUAUCUAAUAUUUCGGAGGCAGAGGUAGAAGUUAAAUUCAGGCUUUUUUAUCGAAUUCUUGUUUUUAAUUUAUUGUUAGUGCCUUCUUUGUUUCGUGUUUCCCGUUCUUCGCCUCCUUUUUGGAGAAAAUAGGGUUUUAGGUUUUGAUCAUGAAAAAGAAACAUAAUUGGGGGUAGGGUUUUGUGAUCCUUUAAUGUAUGCAUCUAUUUUUUUGUCCGAAUGACAACAAAUGCUUUGUUCUGGUA